AGGCUGGCACUUGAUGGCAUUUGUGUUCUUUUUAUCCACCCAGCCAGCACGUUUGCCCCAGCAGCAGGCACUCCAGCCCACCUCUCCCUGUCACACAUUUCAGUGGUGUCAGGGGUUACAUUGCUCCUAACUGAGCCAGCCUGGGGAAUCAAAGCCAUUCAAAGCGAAACUCCACUGAGUGGCAAAAGCUGCAGUCUGUGAAGGGAGCAGAGAAUUGGUAGGAGGGGCAGUAACCUGUCCUUCACCUGGGAGACUCAUCCCUCCCCCUACCUGGCACACACAAGGAAAUGCAGUUCAGCUCUCACCGGAGUGAGACACAGGAACAGCCAGGAAGAAAACUUGGCCCGUUCAACUUGAGCCUCAGCCGAAUCAACUUGGAGGCCUUGGGUUGCUACUCUUGGACAAGAGAUUAUUUCAGCCAAAAAGAAUACAUGUAAGAGCCAAGAUGUCUCAAAAAGACAGACCUCACCAAGAUAAACCAUACCGAUACCACGAGAGCCACGGUUAUGACAGGUACACCACAGAGAGAAGGACUAAAGAACCAUACCCAUCCCAUGGAAGGUCAGCAAAAGAGGCUCGCAGCACCCAGCACUCCAGACCUUCCACACUUUGUUCAGAUCCUUAUAAAAAAAAUGCAGUAUCAACUCAUGGCUACGUCAGCUCUCCUCCACACUUCUAUCCUCACAAACAGACCUUUUCAGAGAAAUGUGCAAACAUAUGCUCAACAAGAGGUAUUUUGAAAUUUGUUGAAAUUACAGUCGGCAUUCUGGUGCUGAUUUGUGUUGCGGCUGCCCAGGCGGCCAUUUCAGGCUACAGCUCCAUGGGCGGCUUGGGAAUGGGCUCCUUCAGCCUGGAUACCGCUUACAGCCCAUUUGAAGGAUAUGAACUCAAGGAGGUGAGAGACCUGGACAUGCAGUUCAGCCAGAUGAGAGCCCCUUGUGUGUACGGGGGCAUUGCCUUCAGCCUGACAAUGGCUGCACUUACACUCCUGUUCCUUGUCAUUGGGGCAAAGCCAAUUCAUCGCCUCUCCAUGCCACUGCUCAUGGCAGAAUGUGCCUUUGAUAUUCUGGCUGGUAUAGCGUACACUGCAGCCGUUGGCCUCUACCUGCACUUUGUCAUCCAGGUGAACACAACAGAUGUAUGCAAGAAGAGGGAGAGGUUGUAUGCACGCCGGGGAUACACAUCAAUGAACUGCGAGGUGCAGGGAGGCGAUGCAGCUGUUGCUGUCUUUGGUAUCGUGGCUGCCUGUUUGUACUUCCCAAGCUCUGUCAUCUGCGCUCGCACCAUUCGGACCGUGAGGAACUUCCGGAGGCACCAGACACAGCCUCAGUACAGCCCAGAGAGCAGCUACAAAGAGAGAGGCCACCCCAAAGCCAACAGAAGCCCUGAAAGCACCCGCAGCAUGCAGGCAGUAGCAACAUUGGUGUAGACUCUACUACAGAACUGAGCGUGCAGCAAGACCAGAAACCCCAGGGAGGGACUGGAUUUUGCAUGUAGUUUUUAAAUGGAGCUGCAAUACCAUAUUAACCAUUGUCUAAGCAUGUAUCAAAUAGCCUAUAUGAAAAUGCAGUAAGAUUAAGUCCGCAUCAUGUAAGAAAAAUCAAUACUCUGACAGUACAUUUUAUUUUGAUUUUUUUCAGUCACCUCAGCCAGGGUCUUUAUCUAAAUUUAGUACCAACAGUUUAAAUUUGCUCAGAGCAAGUCUAAUUGGCUCACUAGGGAACACCACUCACUAGGGUUUGUUAACACAUGAGCUGCCAGCAUCAUUGAGCUAUUGGAAAAAAAAUUAUGGGAAAUUUCUAAAAAACAAUUCUCAAGAAUAGAUUAAAUCCAUACUAGAAAUAUGGAGGGAGGGGUAACACUUUGUCCUUUGUGCCAAUGACAACAAGUCCAUGUAAGAAGUGAAUGAACACUCUCAACUCCAAUGAAUGGGUUUAGGAUGCUAUUCAGGAAGGUUCUUUAGCAUAUACCCGUUUUUAAAUUGUUGAACAGCACUAUUAACAUCAGUGGGCAUCCUCAAAGUUAAGCUUUUGUCUUGAAUUAGGUCCUAAGCUAUAACUCUGAUCUACUUUGCUCGGGCUGGUGUCAUGACUAGCAAUCUGAGAAAGGUUUAACUCCUAAGUGAGACAUCCACAUUUAGAUACCCAGAUUGCACUGUUCUCCAAGGAAUUCUGCAGACCAUACCAGAAGUGAUGGGUUGGUCAACUUCUUAUCCUCUGCUGGUUUUAUACCCAUCUCUGAAUCUAUGUCAAUUGCUAUGAAUUUUUAGAAACUGAGAGCUUUCACCUGAAAAAAGAGGCAGUUUGCAAACUUCUAACCCCAGGGAUACAGACAUUACUGUUAAACCUCUGACUGCUUGGGAGCAAGUCCUCACACUAGAGCAUACUGGCUGCCUUUGAACAUUAAGCACUGUUUUUCUAUGUAAUUAGUUACCCUAAGAGAGUGAUAGACACAAGCACAUCUUCCAACAUAAAAAUAACUUAUAAAUAACAGUAGUCAGGCUCUCCCUGGGUCAAGAAACUCAUUUACAGUAGCAUCUUUCAAGAAUCCUCUGUUUGAAGCAGAGCACACAAACCACUGUACAUCAAAGAUGAGCAAGAACACAAGAGCAGUACUUAACCACAUCAAGAUUUGUCAGCUCAUGCAGAAGGGAAGAAGCAAUUAUGACUCUGGCAGUCCUCUUUCAGAUUUGUCUGGCUGAGAAUCAUAAUCCAGAUGAGGUCUCUUUUUAUAUUAGAGUCGAUUUAUUAUAUGCAUGCCAAUUCCAUUAAGCAUGAUCAUGCUUGCUAUAUAAUCAAAACAGUGUAUUAAAACAAUAUUAUGGUCCUGA